GGAGGACGCUCGCGGGCCCCCAGGCUAACCCCCGCUUGUAGCCUUAAAUCUCCUACCAUGGGGGAAGAAGGCGGCGGCCGCAGCUGUGGGACCACUAGGGAGCUGCAGAAGCUGAAGCAGCAGGCGAUGGAGUAUUACCGCGAGAACGACGUUCCGCGCAGGCUGGAAGAGCUGCUCAACUCCACCUUCUACCUCCAGCCUGCCGACGUCUACGGGCACCUGGCAAACUGCUUUUCUAAACUUGCAAAACCUCCCACCAUAUGCAAAGUUGUGGGGAAAAAUGUGCUGGAUGGACUUGGGCUUCCAACCCUCCAAGUGGAAAUAUUCUGCACCAUUCAAAAUUUUUCCAAGAACAUAUGUUCUGUGGUGAUGGCAACGCACUUUGAAGCCCAUGAGAACACUUCACCUGAGCUAGUUGAAGCCGAGGAGUUAGAAAGGGUGGAUGCUGUCAGUACCGCAGUGCAGUGGGUCAACGAAACUCUCACUGAGGAGCUCCACGGCCUGGUGCCCUCCAACCAGGCUGAGGUGGAUCAGGUACUCAGGACAUUCUAUGAAAAUAAAGUACAAGAAGAUAAGGAGAGAAAAGAAUUGGAAAAGAACCUAGGAGACUCAACAGCACUUUCACCCCAGCUGCUGCUACCACCACCGCCUCCUCCACCUCCAUCCAAGAAAAAAGGACAAAAGCAAGGAAGGAUGGAGACUUCUGCAGAAAAACCAGUUAUACCUGAAGAACCUCCUGAGCCUAUCCUCUGUGGCAGCAUGGCCAUAGGGGCUGUGUCACUGGCCGUUGCCAAAACCAGUGCUGUGCUGGACAAUAAUCCUCUCUACCUGAACAUUGCAUUAUUGAAGCACCACCAGGAACAGCCAGAAAAACUAACUAUACCUCUUCUGAUGGUGUCGCUGGUCAGCUGUGGGAAGUCAUCACCUGGGAAGCUGAAUUUGAUGAAAGAAGUGAUCUGUAUACCCCAUCCUGGAUUAACAGCUAAACAAGGUGUGGAGAUGCUUCUGGAAAUUCAGAAACAGAUCAACAAAGCAAUUGAAAUGUCCCCUCCUCCAAAGCCAGAGACGAAAAAAAGUCACGAUGGAGGCAAAAGAGGCCAACAGCAGAUCACCAGCAAGAUGUCCCAUCUUGGCUGUUUGACCAUUAAUUAUGACACUAUAGAGCAGCCACUGCUCCUCAUACAAGGAAUCUGUGCGAACCUGGGGCUAGAAUUGGGAACGAACCUGCAUCUAGCCAUCAACUGUGCUGCACAUGAGCUGAUGGACUAUAGUAAAGGAAAGUAUGAAGUGAUGAUGGGGACCUACAAAAAUGCAGCUGAGAUGGUUGACCUGUAUGUGGAUCUGAUCAACAAGUUCCCUUCAAUUAUUGCCUUAAUUGAUCCUUUCAGGAAGGAGGACUCUGAACAGUGGGACAGCAUCUAUAAUGCUCUUGGUUCCAGGUGUUACAUAAUUGCAGGCACUGCAUCCAAAAGCAUCUCUAAACUGCUAGAGGAGGGCAGCAUCAGCAUCCUCAAAUACAGCGGGCUGAUCAUAAAACACACAAACCAAACCACGAUGUCGGACUUGGUGGAAAUAACCCAUCUCAUUGACGGUAAGAAGCUCAUCGCUGUCCUUGGAAGCACAGACGGAGAGUCAUCUGAUGACAGCCUUGUCGAUUUGGCUGUUGGACUUGGUGUCCGGUUUAUCAAGUUGGGAGGUCUUUCUCGUGGCGAACGGGUGACCAAGUACAACCGCCUCUUUACUAUAGAGGAAGAACUUGGCCAGAAUGGAACACUGGGCUUCAAUGAAGACCACACAUUUUUCUACUGGAAUGAGGAAGCUGAAAAGGCUGGCGAGCUGCCCGAGGUUCCUGAGCCCAUCUUCCCCACAGAGGUUGUGGAGGAACACGCCAAACUCUGAGCGUCUUCCCACCGGGGUUGCACGCACGCCAGCUGACAGCCACACCACUCAGACUAUUAGACUGAUUGACCUGGAGGAAAUCUUCAUUUUGCUUUUGCUCCAAAAACUUCACUAACUCGUGUGCUUUUUCUUCCUUUACGUUCACUGUUUGGUGAAAGACAGAGAUAGUAUUUUGCCUGAAAUUAUACCUGUGAACCUGUCUUCCAGCUGUCACAUUGCUGUGGGGAUCCUGUUGGUACAUGCUCAUGCUCUGGUUCAGGGAAAAACUGUCUUGCACAUGUUCGUAUAUGUCCAUUUGAGGGGGAGGGGUCAUGACCCAGUAGAACAGUCCAAUAUUUUUGCCACCAACUCCACACUCAGUUCAAACACCUCAUACUUUACUAGUCAGAACAUCUCUAAAAACAAACAUCUUUUACACUGGGAGCUCUCUCUGCCAGGGAAAGGUAUACAUCUUCUCUUUUUAUCUUAAAUAUCCAUGUAGAAAGCACACACACAGUUUUAUAGCCAACCUCGUGCAAAACUGUGGGAGUUUCACAUAUUGUUUUAAGAGCCAAACAGCUUCCUCUAACUUUCCUACCCUCAAAUCCCUUUUCUCUGAUUCCCACCUCUUUCUAAAUUUUAAUUCUUCAUCUAUCAUUUAUAUCUCUGGGGAAUCUCCUUAGAGCCUUUUUGGAAUGAGUAUAAAUGAGAAAAUAAAUGAGUAUAAAUUCAGUAAACACUGAAUUUAUUCAUUCAGUGAAU